AUGUUUUCAUAAAGAUUUCCGGCACUUGAUCAAAGCACUCCAAAAAUAUUAUCUAAAACAACAUUUAAGUUUGACAUUAGAUCGUAUAAGACUUCAGAAGAUGUGGGAGUUAAAUAAUAAGGAUUAAGUGUUUAAACCAAGAGACAAAAAACUUAGCCUAGUUUUAAAUAGAUGCCGGUUUUUAAGAAACUAGUCUAAAAGAAAUUGUUUAAUUCAUUGGUGAAUCCAAUUUAGCAAUUUGAAAUACCUUGUAAUUGGGAAUAAAAGUAUCAUGAAAAAGAGAGAGAAUGUUAGGAAUUGCAAGAAAAAAAUCAAGAGCAAUAGAAGAUGAUGGAGCAACUUGAAAGAAAAUUCUUAUCUCUAAAAUUGGCAUACGAAAGUCUCGAGGAAGAUAAAUAGGAAAAUGAUGUUUUGACUAUUAAAAAGUAGAUGAAUUCAUUAGAAACGGAGUUGAAGGAGCAAUUGCAUAGGGCAGAACAUUAAUUAUGGAGAACCUAAGAGCAGAAUAGCUCGAUUUAAGAGAAGUUUAAGUAGUUUGAAUAAAAGGCGAAGCUAUUGUAAUAAUAAACAGUAAGAGAGAGAUUUAACAUUUAGAUUCACCUUCAUCAAGCGUUGCUCUGUAAAUAUUGUGGGAAAUUUGUAAAUGAUGCAGUCACCAUAAUCCCUUGCGCUCAUACUUAUUGUGGCACUUGCAACAAAGGAUAUCAGAAGAGGUGCUUUCUGUGUGGCGAUGAAGGCAAAAUUGAAGCCACCUAUUACAAUUAGUUUAUGAGUGAAAUAGUUAAAAUGUAUGAUACUUUCUAAGCAAUAGUUCAAAUUUUUUUAGGAUGA